AGAUUUGUUGGGUUAGGGUUAGGUAUUUGGGUAUUGUUUAGAUUUGAAAUUUGGAAGUUCAAUUGAUUACAAUUUCAUCAAUCUUUUCUGUAUGGCAUUGAGUCAUAUUCACUAAUAAUACUAGCCAACUAAUGUAAUCUCAAAGGGUUCGUCAAAUCAACAUGUCUAAGCGAUAUUAUAAUCAUAAAAGGCAAAGAGAUGAAGAUGGUGAUGCUCCGGGGAGGACAAGACAUCCUCCGGGACUGAAAGGGAAAGAUAUUGGUUUAUUUUAUGCCAGACGAAGCCAGGCAAGAAAACAGAGAAAAGAGACGCUUGGGACAGUAUGUUUAUCAGAUUCCAAAGAAAAGGAAAUCAGAAGAUUGUUUUAUGGGAAAUCUUUGGAAAACCUAAAUUUAACAGAUGGCAAUUCCUACACCCACAUUGAAGAUUCUAUAUUCAAACGGUCUUAUCUGUCUUCCAUAAGAGGGAACAUAACAGAAAAGUUAUGUGAAGCACCGAUAGACAUGCUACGCGUGCCUCAUUUGGAUGAACAGUUGAAGAAUGAAUUCGACAAAAAAUGUAAAGAUUCAAAAUACAUCUCAAUGUUCAAGUUCCGAGAAAAACUACCUUCUUAUUCUAUGAGGGAAGCUUUGUUGAAAGUUAUAGAAGAAAACCAAGUUGUAGUUAUUAGUGGUGAAACAGGCUGUGGAAAAACUACACAAGUAGCACAAUUCAUUUUAGAUGAUUAUUUGAUGAAAGGUAAAGGAUCUAUGUGUAAAAUCAUAUGCACACAGCCUAGAAGAAUAAGUGCCAUAUCAGUGGCUGAACGGGUAGCAGAUGAAAGAGCUGAAAAAUUAGGAGUUAGCGUUGGAUACCAAAUUAGACUCGAGAAAAAGCUACCGCGCGACCAUGGCUCAAUAGUCUAUUGUACUACCGGAGUUGUUCUUAAACAAAUGGAAUCAGACCCAGCACUGAGCCAAGUUUCACAUAUCAUUAUUGAUGAAAUACAUGAAAGAAGUGUUCCAUCUGAUUUUUUGAUCACAUUACUGAGGGAAAUCAUCAAAAGAAGAACUGAUUUGAAAGUCAUAUUAAUGAGUGCUACCUUAAAUUCAGAGGCAUUUUCCAAAUACUAUAACAAUUGUCCACAUCUUAAUAUACCUGGUUUUACUUUUCCUGUUGAGGAAUAUUUCUUGGAAGAUGUUCUUCAGAUGACAAAAUUCAAAUUUAAUCAAAUUGGCCCACAGAAUGGAAAUAGGUUUUAUUGGAAGAAAAAACAAGAUAAUAAAGACCCAGCACAUAUUGAAUUCAAGGAGUACAUUGUACCAUAUGCUCGACAGUUAAAAUCAGAAGGACAGUAUGAUGUGCAAGUUUGUGAACAGCUGAAAGAUAUUGAUAGUGAAAAGAUUAAUUUGGAUUUGAUUUUCGACUUGGUUGUCCACAUUUGUGAAUCGCGCAAAGAAGAUGGAGCACUUCUAGUUUUCCUUACUGGAUAUGCAGAAAUUUCUAAUCUGUAUAAAAAACUAGAAACAUCCAAGAAAUUUCCCACUUCAAAAUACGUGAUAUUUCCAUUACAUUCCCAAAUGUCGACAGUUGAUCAAAGACAGAUAUUCCUACCAGCCCCAACAGGCAAAAGAAAAAUAAUUAUUUCCACAAACAUUGCUGAAACCUCAGUCACCAUAGAUGAUGUGGUUUUUGUGAUUGACUGUGGAAAAAUAAAAAUGACUCAUUUUGAUGUUGAUUCAAACACUGAAAAAUUGGAACCCUUGUGGGUGAGUGUUGCAAACGCUGAUCAAAGAAGGGGCAGAGCAGGUAGAGUGAAACCUGGUGUGUGUUUUCACAUGUAUAGUAGGGCGAGACACAUGAUUAUAGAGAAAUACCAGAAACCAGAGAUUAUUCGUGUUCGACUUGAUUCGACCAUAUUACAGGCGAAAAUUCUACAACUCGGUAAAAUCGAAGAGUUCUUUCCAAAACUGAUGGAUCCACCAGAUUCAAAAGCUAUUCAAUUAUCCUUGGAUCUACUGCAAAGAUUGAAUGCUCUGGAUGACAAUGAAAACCUCACUCCUUUGGGCUAUCAUUUGGCCAAGCUGCCUGUCGCUCCUCAAGUAGGAAAAAUGAUUCUAUUCGGUGCCAUAUUCAGUUGUCUCAAUCCUGUUCUUGCAAUUGCGGCUUCCUUGGAUUUCAAGGAUGCAUUCCAAAUUCCAUUAGGAAAGGAAAAACAAGCAGACAUGAAGAAGAGGGAGAUAAGUGAUGGACUGAAUAGUGACCAUUGGUUAUUAUAUAAGGCUCUGGAAACUUAUGAGACUGAGGGCAAUACACAAAGAUUCUGUUAUGAAUAUUUCUUGAGCUCCUUCACUCUUAGUCAGCUGAAGAAAAUGAAAGACCAAUUCAUGACAUAUUUGAUGGACUUGAAUUUUGUUUCAAGUCUCAACCCUAGAGAUCCCCCUCUCAAUCGUAACUCACGCAAUGCAAGUUUGAUUAAGGCUGUGAUAUGUGCUGGGUUAUUUCCAAAUGUCGCCGUACUAAGGCUCGACCAAAGAGGCAGAGCUCGAACAAUCCGAUCCAUUGAUGGCGAACAGAGGUACAAGUUUCACCCCGGUUCCGUCUUAUCGGGCUAUAAUACUUGUGUUUUCGAAUCCCCCCUGAUCGUCUAUUACAAAAAAUUGAAAUCAUCCUCGGAUUUCAUUCACGAUGCCACCAUGGUCCAUCCUCUGCCAAUAAUAUUCUUUGGUGAUCAAUUCAGUCACAAACUCACACCAGAUGGACACUGUAUCAGUAUUAGCAAAUUUUUAACAUUCAAAACAACAGAGGGUACUUAUAGAGUUAUAAAAGAACUCAGAGAUAGGAUGAACUGGUUUCUAGAGCAUAAGAUAACUCAUCCUGGAUUCGUAAAUUGGAAUGAGCCCAGCAAUGAAAUGAACGUUUUGACUGCCAUUAUGGAAUUAAUUACCAGUGAAGACCUAGGAGAUAUUGAUAAUGAAGAUGAUGACGACGAUGACUGUUAUUGAGAUAUAUAACUUUUUUAAUCUAAUUUCUCCUUGUGGCACGUUGGAAUUAGAAAUUUCAAUGAGUCGUUC